GACACACUUUUUUGUAAAAUUGUUCAAGGAAUCCGAGUUUGUUCUCCAUUCACUUGUUUUCAAAUUCCAAAUUGUCAAAACCGAAAGUUGUCAAAAAAAUGUCAUUCCUCCGUCGCAUCAUCUCGCGCUUCGCCCACACGGACAUCCGCGUCCCCGACUUCACCCCCUACCGCCGCACCCCCAACCCCUGUUCCCGGUCCUCCGAGAGCGUCCCCGAGCGCCACCUCAUCCCCUACAUGGUCACCGGCACCGCCGUCACCGUCUCCCUCUACGCCGCCAAAGCCGAAGCCCUCCGCUACGUCCAAUUCAUGGCCGCCUCCGCCGACGUGCUCGCCCUCGCCAAGAUCGAGAUCAAGUUGGCCGACAUCCCCGAGGGUAAAAACGCCACGUUCAAAUGGCGCGGAAAACCCCUUUUCAUCAAACAUCGCACUCCGGAGGAGAUCGCCACGGAGCGAGACGUCGACGUCGCGACGCUCCGGGACCCGGAGCACGACAGCGACCGGGUGAAGGACCCCACAUGGUUGGUGGUCAUUGGAGUGUGCACCCAUCUGGGGUGUGUGCCCAUUGCCAACGCCGGGGAUUGGGGAGGGUAUUAUUGUCCCUGUCAUGGGUCGCACUACGACUCCUCCGGGAGGAUACGCAAGGGGCCGGCGCCCACCAAUCUGGAAGUACCAGAGUACCAUUUCCCCGACGAGGGGACUCUUGUUGUUGGUUAAUUAAUAUUUUCAAAACUAAUAAAAAAAUUUAAGCAAAUAA